GGUGAAGAGCGUUUGGUAAAAUUAGACUGCACCAAGGCCACUGGUUCGCUACUAGGCGAGAGAAAUAUAUCGUUCCCGACGCCUUUCGACACUUUCGGUCCAGAAAUAAAAUGAUUUUAGUGCUUGGCUCUUAAAGAACCUUAAAGUUUUACGACAGAGCUAAAAACGUUUAGUAUCAGACGCAGAAAUGAAUCAUCAGUCAAGUGCAGUCUUUUGGUUCUCACAGCUGUUUCUGUCUAACCACGUGAUCACAUGAACUAAUUGAAUUUAGGUUAUGCCCGCAAGACUGCAUUAACGGAAGAGGAUCUCCGAGAUCGAGGCGUGAGCAGUCGAUCUGAUGGGUCCAAGAGUGUGACUGCCAAGAUCCAACCAUCAUGAGACAGGAUGUAAGCAUGGAAGAGGGCGAGGAUGCCAUUAACGUGCCCUGGGACCUCAAGGCUAUCAAAGAGGAUGAAUUUGAGAAGCAUGUUGUGUACAUUGUGCCGGACCUGCCGGCCAAAACAGAUUGUGCCAACAGAGCAGAGAGUACCCUUCCUAGGAAUCUGGUGCUGAAACCAUCGCAGGCCUUGAGUGAUGUACUCGGGGUCUGGAGCACCAGUUACAUUCCAAGGGGUACUCGGUUUGGCCCCCUAGUGGGGGAAGUUUAUGCCAAAAACGCUGUUCCUACAACUGCUAAUAGGAAAUACUUCUGGAGGGUCCAAAUUAAGGAGGAACGCAGACAUUUUUCAAAGGUAUAUAAGGACAACCAAUUGUUCUACUAUAUAGACGGAUUCGACACAGGCAAAGCCAACUGGAUGCGAUACGUUAACCCAGCGUACUCGUCCGAGUCGCAGAAUCUUAUAGCCUGCCAACACCAGAUGAACAUUUAUUUCUAUACCAUAAGGCCGAUCAUGCCGAAUGAAGAACUUCUUGUUUGGUAUUGCCGGGAGUUUGCGGAAAGGUUAAACUACCCCCUCACUGGAGAGCUUAUGCUGCAGAGGAUAAGAGCACAAGUCCAGGCUGCAGCUCCUCCAGCACCACUGCCAUUGAAGGAACCUGAAAUAUCCCCAGUCAGUUCAACAACAACACCUCACAGAGCCAUAGUGGCCUCUGAGACCAGCCUUCACAAGCCCUCCGUCCUGCAGGUGAUCAACGGCAGGAACAACGUGGUCGUCCAGAACGACUCCAGGUUUGUCAACGGGAACAAUGAAAAGAAACUCUGUGAAGCAAUGAUCAGUGAACCACAAAAACAGAUUAGGCCAAAAAUUGAUGAUCUCAAAAUCCAAAUAAACUAUGACCGCAAUAUCGUGAUCAACAAUACCAACUAUCAUAGAAUGCCAAUAAAUGAUACAUCUUCAAGAAGGAACCAUGAGAGGCAAGGAGAAGUUAAAGAGGAACAAAAAAAGGAGCAGCCAAAAUCAAAUGGUUUCCCCAUUCCGAAUGAAGCAGUAACAGCUAAAAGUUACCCUUUGAAGGACGAAAUACCUCAUAAUAAAACUCUUGCCCAGUACAUUACUGAAGAGAUAAAGAUGGAAGUGGAAGAAUCCACUGUACCACUUGCAGUGAAUGAGCGUCAGAACGGCUUUGAACAGCAAAAAUCCGAUCCCGACAAGGAUCACAGGUUUCGUGAAGAGUCACCAGUGAAGGAGACCAAGGAGUCACAGAGUUAUGGAGCAGAUGGAUCAGUGAGGUCGGACGAAGGCUACCACAGCCACGGCUACCAUGAUGAGGCCCUCACACCCCCUGAGGACUCUAGUGAUUCGGAUGACAGCGACAACAACUAUGUGCUGGAUUUCAGUAAAAAACCAGCUGAGGAAAUCUUGGAGCAGGUCCCAGAGGAACCAUCUAUGACUUUACCGGAGCAAACAGCAGCUCCCGGAACAACAGUCAGUCAAAGUCCCGAUCGGAAUGAAUACAGAAAAGUGAAGAUAAAAAUGACAAAGGCUAAUCUUUACAGUCACCACUACAAGACUGACUCUCCACCUGACUCGGUUAUGCAGACCAGCCCUACACCUCCCCAGUCUCAUUCUCCGUCUGAGUCUCUCAUCAUCGUGGAGUCCCCAAUACCAUCGGAACAUAGUCCACCAGCACCGAAAAAGCCCCACUACGAGGCCACCACCGUACUCGCUCAGAGCCCCCACAGAGAAACCCCUCAGUCGACUUCCAUCUUGGAGAACAUCCUUCUACGCAAUAGAACUGACAAGGAAUCUGUGAUGAGGCGGAACUCUGCAACACCACCACCUACUUCACCCACAGAAAUGGCUUACUCCUAUAAAAAAUCGCAGAGGUACGGGAACCUUCCCGUCAGUCCUGAUUCAACAGCUAGUCAUCCCCAGAAUAAUCUAAAUGUUCCGUCUCUACCCACCAACCACCUGAGGCGAUCUCCUUACACGCCCCCUCCGCUGUACACACCGGAACUGCCCUACUCCUCUCUGCAUCAGACUCAAACAUACUACCAACCUUACAACACCAACAACUUGAUCCACCCUCAAAUAUCUUCGCAGCCAACUAGUGGCUACUCCCCUCCGACCUCUUCGAACCUUCAUUUCUCUAAUAAUUCUAUGAAUAUCUCUGGUAAUCUUCACCACCUCCUGACUCCCCUGGCUCCGCUUCAACAUCGGCAGCAGCUGUCACCCCCUGGCUAUCUCUCCCCGGAUGAAGGGUCUCUGGGGAGUCCUCUCAGUCCAAACAGCCAAGCAUCUCGAGGCUACAGGUCUCUGCCCUACCCACUCAAGAAGAAGGACGGCAAAAUGCACUACGAAUGUAACGUUUGCCUGAAGACAUUUGGACAGCUCUCCAAUCUCAAGGUUCACCUGAGGACCCACUCUGGAGAAAGACCAUUCCAGUGCAAUGUUUGCACAAAGAGCUUCACUCAGCUAGCUCACCUUCAGAAACAUCACUUAGUUCAUACAGGGGAGAAGCCACACCAGUGUGAUAUCUGCAAGAAGAGGUUCAGCUCAACUUCCAACUUGAAAACUCACCUUAGGCUACACUCCGGCCAGAAGCCAUACGCUUGUGAUCUGUGUCCAGCCAAGUUCACACAAUUUGUCCAUCUCAAGCUACACAAGAGGCUCCACACAAAUGAGCGCCCCUACACAUGCCAGGGAUGCAGCAAGAAGUACAUCAGUGCUUCGGGCCUCAGAACACACUGGAAGACAACCAGUUGCCGACCAAACAACAUGGAGGAAGAGAUGGCCAUUGCAGCAGCUGCUGGCUCACCUCCUGGCUACUACGACUUAUUAGGAUCUGAUCUCUCUAUGGGUGUGCUAGAUAAGGAGAGCAGGGAAGCCGACUCGAGGGAUUCGUUUGAAAUGCAUCACAAUUCCCACCAGAUGGAGCCAUCAGUAAACGUUAAUGUUCCGGUCUCCGAACCACAGCGGCCCUCCGUCAUCGAAAGUUCUCAACCUCACAUCAUCGAGUGCACCUGAACUUUUCCACACCCCCUCUCCCUUCCCCGCCUAGCUUUAAAUUCUGUGUUUAAUGUUUUAAUUAAACCUAAAAUAUUAUGCUAGAUUUAUGUUUAUUUUGUGUGGAAAGACUUUUGUAAACUUCAAAUGUAAUUUUGAUGGUUUCGUUUGGUGUAACCUGUGACUGCUUUACACGAAGAGAUAGAAGACUAAUGUAGACCUGUAACGGUUUGCGUAAACCUUUAUGUUGGCAAUUUAAGUGAAUUCUGUGAUAUAUCGAUAUACACACUGUAUUAAUAGACACUUGUGUAUAUUUCAUAUUUAUUAUAUGCUCAAUGCGACUCAUGCUUUUGUUACGUUGUACAUAGAAUUUUAUUGUAUUUAUUUUACUGUAUUUUAUGUACCUGUGUUGAAUUAUGUUGUUGAGAUUGUAUUUUUGGGGCGCUUGUACAUUUUUUUGUAAAGAGGACAGUAUUUUGUGAAAAGGAUAAGAUUUAGUCUGAGAUUAUAUAGAUAUUUUAAAAUGUAGGUUGUAAAAAGGAGAAACCUUUGCAUGAAUAUAUUUAUUGUAGAUAAGAAAGAAAUGCAGUUUCAUGCAUAUGGGUGAAAAGAUGAAGAGAUUUUUAAUAAAGUAUUUAAAAUACGUCUAAGGAAAUGAGAUUUCUCAAUACUUAAAUGGAUGUACUUUUGAUUUAUCUUCGUCACAUCUUGUUAUUUUCUUAUUUAUAUUUUAAUAGCGCUGUGCAAUUGAUCAUUUACUAUAUUUUGAUUUUAUUCAGUUGUAAAAUUUUACCAUUUUUAUGCAAAGUUUUAAAAAGUAAUUUCGAUUUUAUCUUUUAAAUAUUCUUUCAUUUAAUAUUGAAUAGAAUUAUAAAUUAGUAAAAUUACUGAAAGAGUUUUCCUUAGCCACUUUAUGAUAUUCUUUUUUCUAAUGGCUAUUAUAAUUUUUUCAAGUAUAGAUCAUUUAUAUGGAUAAAGGUCAAGGUUGAAAUUUAAGGAACAGUACAGAUAGGGGUCAGAGCUAGUGGAGGGAGAGGAGGAGGAGGAGGUGGUUCUGACAUGAAACUGCAUUUCUGUGUACAGUUAAGCAUUUCACAAGCAAUGCCCUGCCCAGGUAGUAUCGAGUGUGCCUGACUCACACUAGCAAUAACUGGCUUUCUCCAUCACCAUUGUUCGCUCGCUAGCUCGCUCUGUCGCUCAGUGUCAAUUCAUAUUCAAAAUUAUCAUUCUACAUGGCAUUUUGUAACUGCACAUUUACUUUCUAUGCAAACGUUGUUUAAGAAGAUUUUUAUGUCACCACGAUUUGAUAAAAUGUACACAGUAGAUUUUUGGAACCUUACCGUUCGUGUUUGUUUGUAAGCGAACUCGUUUGGAUGUAUUGAAAUCAUAUGUACAUAAGCCUAUCAAUGCUACACCAUAUUCCAGAGUUGUAAUCACAAUUAAGUAAUUAAUCUUUGAAAUAUUCCACGUCUCGGUUAUUUCUCACAGCGUCAUGGAAGUACUUGUAAUUUCAUGUCGAAGCGUGUAUAAUGUUUGAACCCCCACCGAAAUGUGAUCUUUGUUUUGGGAUCACUACCACUUUUGUAUUUAUCAUACAGUGAUCGAUAUAUCUAACUUAAUAAUAAUUUCCAUAAUUUAUAAUUUAUGUAUUUAUUAUUUGCAACUACUUGUAUGUACUGUGUACAUAGACAUUUUCUUCUAUAUGGUAAUAGUUUCAUACAAAAUUAUGCACUCCUUUAAUUUAUUCUAUCAAAACUAAUAAAAUUUAACUUUCUAUACCCACGUCGUCCGAUGUAUUCAUACCGUAUCAGUCAUUAUAUUAAUUUUGAUCUCACAUUAGUAAAAUAAAAAACUAAAGGUAAUCCGUUAAACGAAAUCAUCCCGUAUUGCUUGAAUGUCCGCUUUGAAUUUUGACUGACUUUUAUCCAAGUGUUCAUUGCAUGGCUUUACGAAACGUAAGGCUCUAUAAGUAUUUAAAAUUAAAGAAAAUAAUAAAUCAACUGUGCCUUGUUUUUGAUGUUUCAAAAUGAGUUUUGUAAAUUUAUAUAAAGUUCACAUUAUGCAAUUGGCGUACAAUGGUUUUCAGCAAUUUUUGGGAUGAUUACGUAAAGGUGUGCAAACAUUCUGCCAGAUUUUUUAGAUUAGUUUAGACAUUUUGUAAAAUGCAGUACUAUAGAAAUAUAACCCCAGUAAAACAAAAAUACUUUUAAGGAUAAAUAAUAAUUAUUUGUCAGUAUUCACCAUGUAUUGAGGACAGGAGCUGGUUUUACGUCACUCGUGUUAAAAUUUUUUACCUGUCUAAAUCUAAAUAAUUUUACCAACUGAACUUGUUUAAAAGUAUGAAGGUAAUGCAAGUAAUAAAGGUCUCCAAAGAAAAUAAUAAAAUAAUGUACAUCAAAAACAUAAAAUAAAAUAACAAGUAGGCAAUAAUUGCCAAAAUUAUAUGUUUUUCUACAGCUGUAACUAUUUACAACUUUGUGUAAUUUAAUAUUAUUCUUACUCUCUGAUUCUGUUAAUUGUGUACCAGUUUAUUUUAAGUAACAGCAGUUGAGCAUUUACUUUUCUGUACAAAAAUGGUUUGUUGGUUCAUUUAAAUAUUAUAGAAUUCAAUGUUUUAUAGUGUCUGGCAAAAUAUGAUCUUUCAAUGAAGAUUCUUCUUAAUUUUAACUCUUCAAGCUUUAUUAUCUUUUACUUUUAUUUUCCCAACUCGAAAAUAAAAUUGUAUUAAAGUAAAUUUAAUACUGUAUUACAAAUAAAAAGUAUAUUAAGAAUGCAUUGACUCUUUGAGUGUCUUAAUGUAUUUUCAUUAAUUACCUUUUUUACUUGCAAUGUCUUCAGUAUAACUUGGUACUUGCACUUUCUACAAUAAUAAAUAACUACAUAUAGCCGUUUUUAUUCUUAAAGAGAAAAAUAAAUUUAUAAAGUAAAUAGGUUCGUUUUUAUGUAGUUCGACAUAUUUUCUUACGAAAACUUUCCAGCUCCAAGACUGACUUAUUUGGCUCCAAUAAUUAAUAUAUUAUAGAACAUUUUUUAGAAAGUUAACUAGUUUUUCUCGUAUUAAAAUUAGAGUUAAAUAUCACAUUUUGAGUGAAAUAGCAUAUGUAGUUAGAACUAUUCAAUUGUGAAAUAUUUUUACUCCAAACAUUUUAUCACCAGGAUUUUACAAGGUGACUCAACUGUUCUUAAGAAUUUUGUAUUGUUUAUAAAACGUCUUUUGAUUCAAAUAAUAUUUUUUAAUCUACGUAGGGAAAGGACACAUUUUUGUAUCACGUCCUUGAUAUCAAAUUAUGUCUGGUCGGAUCUUUUUUUGUGUAUUUAUUAUGUGUUGUGUACAAUGCAUGUAGGUGGCGCUAUACAUAUAGUCUGUUAAUUAUCAGUGUUUUAAAGGGAUUUCUUUUUUAUGACCUGUUUCCAUGACUGACAGCCAUAAUUAUAAUUAUAUUUCAUAAUUAUGUUUGGAAACAAUAAAGAGUACAUCCAUUUAAA